GCCAUGUCAAAACUUCGGCAUUACAGGUCCAUAGAUCAGCCCUGCGCCACGACCAACAUACGCAAAAAGACCAUGACAGCGAUAUGCUUUGUCUGCAACCUGCCCAUUUUGUCGCACCAAGUGGGCCUGGUGUGGCAGGGUGGCAAUGGCUGGGACGAUAUGGUCAGAGAGCAGCUGGAGGAGUCUACCAUACGACAGCGUUUGGGUGGUCGACGCGACUCUGCGGCACAGAUAACCACGCCCCCUAGUACAUCACCGCCACCAGGUCUACAGCGUCGUCGGCGCAGUUCACUUGCACAGCUCACCGAUAUCUUGCGCGAAUGGAGCGGUGGUGGCGCUGCCAAGCAGCCAACACAAAGUCAACGCCAAAAGGCCCAACUCAAUCGUCGCGAAACCUUAGCUGACCUAGCGCGCAGCCUACCAUGGCGCACCUCCACCACCGAUGCGUCGACUGGCCCCGGUGGCGGCACCACUUAUAUAACACCACGCAAACGUCGCGAGUCUAGCGCCGAUUCGGGUAUACGCAGCAUGCGUUCACGUCGUGACUCGAACACGGCCGAGUUUGUGAAGCAUUGGAAUCGACGUGAGAGCACUGCCGCCGAGGAGCCCAUUGUGGUGGUGCCGGUUGUCGUGGAGGGUCCCGGCCGUAGCAGCUCGCGUCGCGGCUCGGGUGAAAGUUAUCUCUCGAGUCGACGCGACAGCAAUAUUGGCCGUGCCACUACUCCGCCUCUGCCACCCAAAAUCGGUGGCAUGACCGCCAAGAAGCGUGAUUCGUUAGCUGCACCCGAUUUUCCCAACUUCCGUCAAGAGCAACGUCCUUCAACUAGUUCAGCUGGCUCUGAUUCAGUACCGUUAAUAUCUACUACCAACUACAAUCAGGUCGAUUCUGCUUGUCAAGCAUUACCGCCACCAACAAUCAUUACCAGCUCAGUGACACCGCCGGCCACUAGUCCCACCGCACCGUUGAAGGGACGUCGCGACUCGACUACGCAGUGUGGACGCGUUAAUCGUCGCGAUUCUAAAGCCGGUAUAUCACCGGAACGUGCGCCACGCUUGCAACGUCUACAACGGCAAGCAACUGCUUUCGAUGAGAGCUGCCUGCCUGGCGGCAGUCGACGUGGCUCACAGCCGGCGCUUAGCCCCGAUCCGCCGGAGGAUUGCCCGGGUGCGCGCACGUCGCGUCGUGAUUCGCUUAGUCCGGACAGUGCAUCUCGUGGCGGACGACGUGACUCACGCGCACAUCUCUCACCCGAUCGCAGUCACGAUCGUGACGGCAGUCCACGGCGGCAGACGCUGCGACGACAGAGCUCGUCGGCUGCGCGCAGCUCACGUUCUCCCGAUUCGAAUAGCUGUUGCUCGUCGCGUGAUCCAAGUCCUUGCUCGCGACCACCACCAUUGGUGUCGGCGGAGACGAGCUCACGACCGGCAAUUCGUAGACAAUCGACCACUGAAGAAAUUUUGAUAGCACGUGGCUUUCGUCGACAAUCGACUACAGAGGAAAUGAUACGUUGCAGAAACUUUCGACGUCAGAGCUCACAAAGCGACGAUGUGUGCCGUUAUCGCGGUCGUCGCGAUUCAAGCGCACAAAUCAUUGAUGGCACCAUCGGCACAAUGACGGUGGAGACAACUAGUACUUUUUUCGAUUCCAGCACCCAGACCGAACCCUCGCCAUUGUACGACAACAAUCACUAUCACGAGGAAUGCCUGCGCUGCAAUUCGUGUGGUCUAAAUUUGACAGGGCCAAAUCAGAAGCGAGCUAGACGGUUCAAGAACCACAUUCUCUGCGACCUGCACUUCGCAGACGUUGCCCUAAUGGAGUGUUCCGAUUUUAUGCAACAGCUGAGAAGCUUCAAGCCACAAUCACUCGGUUGCGCCGUUGCGAGACGAAAAAGUUCAACAACGUUAAUUUUCCCGUUGCCGCCGCAGGCAUGUUCAGAUGAAUUUUGCGAAGAUUACCCCCACAACCUUAUGCCCACACCCGGCUACUGGAUUGAAUGUUCACGUCAGAAAAUCACAUUACCCACACUUCAUACGAAUUGGGAUGAAAGCGACUCAGAGCACGAAGAUAUACGAGCGGGCAGCUCCAGCGACGCAUAUCUCGAGCGUGAAUGCAGCGAUCUCUAUGAAGACGAUGAAGAUUCGGAAGCGACCCCAAGUCCUAGGAAAAAGACAACAAUCGAGGAUCAAUGGGAUCAACAGGGCGCCUUCGAGCUCAUCUCCGUCGAACAAGAGACAUACGAAAAGUACUUUUACGGCACCGAGCACUGGAACUAUUUUACGAGCGAUGAGGAUCUCGGCCCCGUCAUACUCUCCAUCAAACAGGAGACACUGAAUGGACGCGAUCAAUUUCGCAUACUGGUACGCGCCGGCUCGUAUACGGUGCAUGGACUGAUACCGGCGUCCUGUGUAUUCGCCGAUAGAUAUAAUCGGGAAGAAGUAGUUAGAUCGCUAGGUAAAGAAGUUAAUUUGAAUCCACCCCUCACACUGGGGCAGCUACCCGAUACGCCCGAGGAGUUAUUGAAACUAGAUCAGGUUUUUAUAAAAUCCGAGCUGAAAGUGGGAGUGAUUUAUGUUAAAGAGGAUCAAUUCUCUGAGGAGCAAAUUUUAGACAAUAACGAAAAUUCCAUACUCUUCGACGAAUUCCUAACGUUACUCGGCGAUCGUGUGCGUUUACGUGGUUUCGAUAAAUACAAAGGUGGCCUUGACACGGUGCAUGAUUUGACAGGUCUCUAUUCGGUUUACACCAAUUGGCGUAACAUUGAGAUCAUGUUUCAUGUAUCGACGCUCUUACCCUACGAGAAGCAUGACCCGCAAAAGCUACAACGCAAACGUCACAUCGGCAACGAUAUAGUCUGCGUGGUAUUUCUGGAAGCGGAUAACACGCGCUUUAGUCCUGCCUGCAUUAAGUCACAUUUCCUGCAUACAUUUAUACUGGUUUGCGUCUCGGCUCGCAUCAAACACAAACCCACACGUUAUGAGGUUUCGGUGGUGACGCGCGAUGAAGUCGGCGCCUACAAGCCAUACCUCUGGGAGCAGUCAGUGUUCGAAAAGGGUACAAUGUUUCGCGAAUGGCUACUCACGAAAAUCGUCAAUGGUGAACGUGCCUCAUAUUCGGCACCGAAAUUUGCACGCAUGCAAGAGCGUACACGCUCACAAAUGCUUGAGGAUUUGGUGAUGAAUUUAUCGAAUCAUGCUGAGACCGGACAGAUACCGAAACCGUACCGUAGGGGCUCGUGGCGACCCAUCGGUCAUAUGCGUCCCUCUUCGCCGCUGCUGGAUUCGGUGCGCGAUCAAUUUGAAGACUACGAUCAGUUAGCGAAAGAUUUUACACGUGUAUUCUUAAACGAAGAACCGUCGUGCCUACAAAAUGCGCAUCUCUUCGAUGUAGUCUUCCUGGUGGGGCAAUCGAAGCAGAAGGCGCGUUUCAUAGGCGUACGCGCGAUAUUGGGUGUGCGCAGUCGUGUCUUUCAGGAAAUGCUUUACGGCAUACAGACCGGUUUUGGUUCGCCACAAAUACCAGUCGCCGAAAUUUUCGCACGCCCCGCACCCUCACUCGUGUCACCGCAAAAUCAAAAGCCGAAAAGCAACAACUAUCUCACAGUGCCCGAUUCCGAUUCGAUACGGCCGAAGAGUGUGCCAUCAUCGCCUAUGGUGAAGCGCGCUUUUAGCCGGCUGGGUACCAUCACCGCCGGUUGGGGUCGUUCGAUACGUAAUAAGAAUACGAAUCAACUGAAUCCGGAGGAUAAAAAGAAAUGGAUUUCUUCAACGGAUUGUUCCAAUCGAGACAGCAAAGACAAGGAUAAGGAUAAACCGGGCAAUAAUCAGCUGGCCGUGCCGCGGCUAUCGGUAUGUGCCGAUGCACAAAAAGUCGAUCGCGCGAAGUUGGCGCAGACCGAGUUCAACAUCAUCGAGUUCGAUCCAGACACAUUUCGAGUGCUGUUGGAUUAUCUACAUACGGGCACGUGUCCGCUGACCUGUGUCUCCAUACCAGGUCUGCUAUGCGCUGCGGAGCACUAUGAUCUACCCGAGCUGUUGCAGGCUUGCUUUCAUCAUUGCAAACAGUUCCUGCGCAUCGAGGUUGUCUGCCCGAUGCUGAUUUCGCUGGAGAACUACUACUGGCGCUACACGUCCGCCUCCGAGUUGGUCAACAUGAUACUCUCCUUUGUGGAGAACAAAGCGCAUGCGCUCUUCAAAUGUCCCGAAUAUCUUAAUCUCUCCGAAUCGAUGGUGCAGAUGAUUAUGAAUCGAGAAUUACAAACACCUGAGAUACGCAAAUUCGAAGCGAUGCUGAUGUGGGCGAAAAACAAGGUGGCGAAAAUGAAAAAUCAUCCCAAUAAGGAUACACAAUUCGAGUUCGAAUGCAUUAUGGAACGUUUGACGCGCGAUCUCAAUCUGUGUCGCAUAUCACCGAGCGAACUCUUGACGGUGGUCUUGCCCUCGAAAGCACUCAAAAAUGAGCGCAUCAUGGAGACACUUAUGAUGCAGGUAAACCUAGGCACCUAUCGCAUGCAGGAGCUGGACGAGUACCGGCAGCAGUUGCGCAGCCAAGAAUCAGCCGAGGCGACGGUACAAGUGCAUCGGGCCGAAGAAGAACAGUAUGCACGUGCGAUCGCGAUAUCUGUGCGCGGCGUCUCCACGGAAACCUACGACGCAUUAGAUAACGAGGUAGAGAUGUAUGCGAGCUUUGAGGCCACGCCGAGUACGAGUCGUGUUGCGGCGCAAAUGCAAAAAUCGCGUCGUAAGCGUUGGGCGGCAGAUGGCGCGUCGGGCAGCAGCGAUGGUGGCGGUAGUAAUAGUGGUCGUAGGCACUAAAUAUGAAGAGUAGAGGAGGAUCGGUGGUUGGCAGUUGGUGGUGAGCGUAUUCGGGGUUUGUGGGCAGGUCACAUUGACAUUUUCGGCGCUAACUCUCGAGACUUAAGUUAGAAAAUACUUAAAUCAAUGUUUCACUCCCAAAUUGUCUCAAAAGCUUUAUACUCUUUCGUUAAGCAGAACUUUGACAUGAUAUGAAAACACGCACAAUUUUAACAUUUAGACAAAGUGAAUAUAUGAUUUCCAAAGCUUUCCACUGCCAUAAUUUGUAUUUCGUUUAAACUAAUUGCACAAAAAAUUGUUUUACAGCGAAAUUAAUAUACCCGGCAAAAUUUUAACGAGUUUUAACUUUGUUGCUUUUUAAUUCAAAACAUUCCAUCCCGACUUCGGGGCGCACAGCACUUUAACCGAGCUUUAAAAGUAUGAAAGAAAGUUUCUACUAACAAAUACAUAUGUAUUUCUUCACUAAAGAAUAGGGAUCUUUCUAGUGUUUUGUCUCUGUUACGUGUCGAUUUCACUUAGUUCCGUUCCAAUUCCAUUUCGUUCCACGACGUAUUUAAGCACAUUUUAGCCACACCAAGAAGCGUUACACAGUUUAUUAAUUCUCGUUUCGUUCCUUAUUUAGUUUAUUAAGUUCAUUUUUUAUAUAAUACACGUACAUAUUAAUUUCCAUUGCAUUUCAUAUUUAAAUAUUGAGUUUCACAUUAUUUAACGAUUUUAAAAUGCUUUUCAUGACCUUUCA